UUCCUCUGCUCCUUGCAGAUUCACCGUCUCUGUCCUCAUACAUGUCGUCCUCCUGACUCCCUCAUGCAGGACCACAGCUCCUCUAUCAGCAGCCAAUCAUCUGCUUUCUCUGAUCCACCUUCUCUGAACUUCUCCGUCACCUCCCUUAACCUACAGCAGCUCUUUCCCAUAUCUUCAUGGUGGUUUAACCCUCUGUAGUUACUUCCACUCUUCAUCCUCAGCUGCCCUCGCUUCCUCCUUCCUAAUCCUCUGCACUUCCUGAUUCGUUGACUGUCCUCCAUCCAUCAAUCCUCCUCUUUUAUUUUCUACAUUCAUCAGCUCCUUAAAUGCUCCUUCACCUUCUCAGCAGCCUCUCUUCAUUCAUGAGUACAUUUCCACCUGUGUCCUUAAAGCUGCUGCACAUCCUUUCCUGUGUUUGCUGCACACCUGUCCUGCCGUUACUCCUGCCUGCUCCUUGUUCUUCCUCAUUCUCCUCUUUCCUCUGUCCACGGACACACCAAAGACCUUCCACUCUUUUCUGCUCCAAUCUCCACUCUGUCCCACUUACUUCACACUUCCUGUUCUUGUCUUGUCUCCAACCUGUGAGGCGUGCACACUGAUAACAUUAAUCAUCUCACAGCCCCACCCCCUUUGGCCAGCAGUAGCACAGUUUCCAUGGAGACAGUUGUUGUUAUCCUGGGUCAAACGUCUUCCUGAUGCAACCCUCCCGGUGUAUUCAGGCUUGUGCGCACGAGCUCAUUCGUUGUUUCGAUCGUCUGCAGAGUUCUUUAUAUUAUCGUUAAAUAACCGUAGCUGCCGGUUUGUUUGAGUAAUCUGUAAAUGAAGCUGCUGCAACCUCAACAAAUCACAGUUUAGGCCUCACGGUGCAGCGGGGGAUCCUGCAGACUCGACGACCUGUGGCUAGAAUGUGCUUUUCAUGCAGUAUGAAGGGAGGUGUGCUUGUAGUGAAGCUGGAGUUGUACUAGAUGUGUUUGGACCUGCUGGAGCAGAUGAAGAGCUGCAGCGUGUUCAGCACCAGCUGUUUGUGCGUCUCCUUCCUGACAAGCUUUUUGUGCAGCGACUGUGGCUUUGCUGUCACUGUGGGCCUCGCAGCACGGCAGCUGUUCCUCCCUCAGCUCAGCGAACAGCGCCCGGCUCUUCGUUCUUCAUCCACAGCUGUCCUCGCUCAGUCAGCUCAAUCGGACUCCUUCUGCACCACCGCCCCCUCCACCCUCACAGUCACACACAAACCUUACAGUUUAUUCUGGGCGUCAUCAGCAGCAGUGUGUGCAGGUCAGGGGAUGGUUUUACAGCAGAACGCUGCAGCAGCUCCUCACGCUCUCCUCUCAUCUUUGCACUACAGUCUUUGGCUUUGUCUCCACCUGCUGGACUGAAGCAGCUGGAAAAACAGCCCUCGAUCGUAUUUUCAAUUUUGAAAAUGUUUCCUCCGUAAUAAAAAUGUAGACGAAGCAGAUACAGCAGUGAGGGCAGCUGUCACCUGGUGCCUGUUUGGGUGUUUUUGUUCUAGUGACAUAAAUAAGUGGCUGUUGGGCACCUGUGCGUGGCCCUCUGCUGCACAGCGCUGACACGUGCACUCUGCCACAGUCACGUGCUUCGUCACUUCCUCAAUUCGCACACAUUUGUUUUAGUGUGUUUAAAAGCAAAGUCCAAAGAAAAUAUUAAUGCAGGGAUUUAAAAAAUCAGGUUGAGGAGAAAACCUCCGCAGUCCGCAUUCAUGUGCGCGUCAUGUCACCCAGAAUCACGCGGUAAAAGCUCGCAAUGACUCAUUUUCUCUGGAAAUGCAGAACGAUCGUGGCUGUCUGACGGUGUGUGGGUUCAAUGAAGACAAAGCGUCACCUGCAGAUCUGUAACUGGCUCCACAUUUACCUGCUACCUGAAGUUUGACGUCAAACAGUGGUUGUUGUUUGCUUUAAUAAAACGUGUUUGUCUAUGAGUCAACUCUGAGCUGAGCUCCUCAGGAUCAGCUGGUUUAUUUUGUACAGAAACUUGAAACAUUUCACGAAGCUAAAUCUUCGGAGUCACAGGAGCUCCGAUCACUUCAUUUUCAUCCCGCACGGGUCCAGGAGAUCUUCCAGGCAAACAUGUUUACUCUGGUAGAAACUGCCACCAAAUUAAUGUCACCGAGCAGGAUAUGCUUCCUCCUGUGAGCAUCUCACUCGGAGCCAGCUCUGCGCACCUCCAGUGUUCACAGCAGGAAGCUAAACUGCUUUACUACGUCCACCGGAAACGAUGCGGCUACAGUUUCUCCAACACGUGAUAGAAAUGUGCAGGUGAGAUGGUGCCACAGGUGAAAACAGGAAAUGAGCUCAUGGAAGUGUUUUAAAUCCACUUUUUAAACCUAUAACUCAGAUAAAUGUGACGUUUUUGUCUCCAGCUGAUCCUGCGUCAAUUUCCGGUUCCUUCAGGGCGCGGCGCCAUUAGCUGUAGGAACAAAGCAGCUCAUUGGUCGGCGCGAUCAGGUGGUCUCGGCUCAGCCAAUCGCAGGCUUUGAUGUUGCGCCGUGGACGGCCGGGUGGCGUUCAGCAGGAAGCAUUGCUGCUUCGGUUCACGGCGUUUUCCUCGAGUCGUUAACGGCGCCGGAGACUGAAAAUCCGCGCGCACGCGAACCCCGAAGAGGUGCGGAUUCGUCACCACCGCGCGAGGCUGCCGGAGGAGAGGCCGACCGGACAGCCCACGCGGCCAGUUAGCCGCUAGCCGGCGCUCGGUGUCCGUCAGAGAGCUGCUUCUUUUAUGGGCGAGUGAACGGCAGCAGCCAUGACCGCCGAGCCGGACGCGCUGGCCGUGGUCAACCAGCUGAGGGACCUGGCCGCCGACCCCAUGAACCGCAGGGCCAUCGUCCAGGACCAGGGCUGCCUGCCCGGACUCAUCCUGUUCCUGGACCACCCCAACCCUCAGGUGGUCUACUCCGCCCUGCUGGCGAUCCGUUACCUGGCAGAAUGUCGAGCCAACCAGGAGAAGCUGAGGGCGGAGCUGGGGAUGAUGCUGAGCCUCCAGAACGUCAUGCAGAAGUCGACCACGCCCGGCGAGACGAAGCUGCUGGCGUCUGAGAUCUACGAGCUCCUGCAGGCGUCCGGCAGCGCCGACUCCGAACCGGCCGAGGAGCCCGUCAGCAGCCGCCGUAAAGCCCAGUUCUUCCUGGGCUCAAGCAACAAGAGAGCCAAGACCGUCGUCCUCCACAUCGACGGCCUGGACGACUCGAGUCGGAGGAGUAUGUGUGAGGAGGCGCUGCUGAAGAUCAAAGGCGUGAUCAGCUUCACCUUCCAGAUGGCCGUGAAGAGGUGCAUCGUCCGCAUCCGCUCGGACCUGACGGCCGAGGCUCUGGCGUCCGCGAUCGCCGCCACCGAGGUGAUGAAGGCGCUGCAGGUGGUGAAAGGAGAAGACGGAGACGAGGUCCUGAUCCCGUUCCCGGAGGACGGCUCUGUGGAGGUGGAGCAGAACGUGGACCUGCCGGACUACCUGCCGGAGGAGGAGAGCCCAUCUCAGGAGCCCGACAAGGCGGUGAGCCGAGUGGGAUCGGGGCAGGACGGAAGCAGCUGGCUCGGAGCCGCCGCCAACUUCCUGUCCCGCUCCUUCUACUGGUGACCGGGCGGAAGGGUCGGCGCUGCACCGCGCCUCCCACCGUCGGACCUUCGUCCUCGUCUCAGAACAAAAACUCACAGCUGCCAAAUCAGGAUGUUCAGCUGGAGAGACGACGCAAAGUGUGAAAUGUUGCCGUGGAAACUGUUUCCUCCUGGGGUCCCACGCUCAGUCUGACCUGCACGUGGCGACGUCCUCUCCAUGAACCAGUCCUUGUGUUACAAACCAAAAUGUCUUAACAGACAGGAAGUGAACAAACGCCGAGUCAGAACAAACGAGACUCCUCCUCCUUUAUACUGUUUAUUAUUUAUUCGCCUUCGUGCCGUUUGACGUGUUGGAGCGGCGGCGAGCCGUGCCUUUCAGUUUCUCUGAUAAAAAACUUCCUGCUGCUUCCUUUGGGGCUGCAGAGAUCGACCAACACGAGCGAGAGAAGAAGAGCUGGUUAAACACUGCGCCGGGCCGAGCGGAGCGUUUCCUGUAAUGUCUGAGUGCGGGCUCGUAACGUGAGCCGCGUGUCGGGGUCAGAGGUGAACGACUGUUCCGCUCAUAUGUGGCAGAUGUGUUAACGUGAGGAAGGACAUAACCACAGCUCAGUCAGCUGAGACCCCUCAGGGCUUUGUGCCGCGUGCUGGGGACACGGAGCAGAUCAUGGCUGCGUCAUUAGAGGAGCACGCUUUAACCCUCUGCUGCAGGGUCAGAAGCACAGGUUGGAGCUGCGGGGGUUUGCACAGGUAAAAAAAAUGAAGCUGCUGCUCCAUCAGUCAGCCCUCGGGGUUUCCACGGGAACCGUCACGUACCUUGGCUAACUUCAGCUAUAAAACUCCUGACUCGUGUCCCUGUGGGCAGACAGCUCACAGCUUCACUGAGAGCUCAGAGGACUUCAUUUCCUGCUGUCCACUGUUGUGCAAGUUCCACUGACCAAUCACGUUUGACCUGUGGUCCUCGUGGAGUGGAAGAACGUGUGGAGACGGCAGCAGUCGUCUGAAAAGAAUCCAGCUUUUAAAUGUGUUCAGCUGAUGAACAGGAGGUGACCUGAUGAUUCCAGACUCUGUGUGUGUGUGUGUGUGUGUGUGUGUGUGUGUGUGUGUGUGUGUGUGUGUGUCCCGUCCCCACACCCACCCAACCACCUCCAAAUCAGGACAGGAACGUUUACAGUUAUUCAAACAGGCGGUCCGACAUGGUGCCUGGGUCCUUGCUCCGGCUGUGAUGAGAUGCACGAGCCUUUCUGCACCCAUGUCCACCGUCACGCCGCCCGCUGCCGUCACGCCGCCCGCUGCCGUCACGUUUAGUAGAGAGCGUAGGUUUAAAAGCUACAGGCCGAUCAGAGAAACUGAAAGGUCACAGGUUUGAUUGCCGACCACCGUCGUGUUUAUGGAGACAUGUUACCUGCUUUUGUUUCACUUCGGAGACCAAAGGGUUGGAAUCACCACCUUUUUUUAUUAAACAUGGUUUAAUCUGAGGCUGCUGAGUGUAAACGGCGUGCGUGUUACUCUGUGGACGACGCGGGGAACAGGAGCACGAUCCAGUGACCGCUCGCUCCGAGCAUCAGGUCCAAGGAGCUUUAACGAGCUCGUUAAAGAAUCAAAGCACAGUCGAUUGGAGUGAAAUUUGCAGAACUUUUGACAGUCUGACAUCAUUUCCUGUUUCCCCUGAACGCUCGCUCACGCUGUGGUUUCCGCUCAGCGGCCAAUCAGAAGCUUCAUUGUUGAUAUUUCAGAGUGAAACAAACUGAUUUGAUUGGCAGUGGAAGUGACCUUUGACCUCCAUAUACAGAUUUCUGCUGUCGUCUCAUUCUGUGUUAAUUGUGUACCUGCCAGGUGUGCUCACGACUCCACCCACAGAACGCACGGUCCAAUCACAUUCAGAGUAGCCUGUUGAAUCCAAACGCAGUGUCGGCUGAAUUUAAGACAGCAGGUAAACGCAUCGAUGAUGUCAUUGGCGUUUCCAUGGAAACGCUGUAUAAAACGCCCCGUCGUAGAGCCUCCACAGAACGUCGCGCUCCAACCCUCGGGUUCCUGAGGAUGUCCCGCUCUGAUGGUAACCACGGGACCGCUGAAGCCGCCUCCUCCCGAGGAGGGCGACGCCCCGCCUCCAGGUUCUUGACUGAUGUGUUGGGUGACAUCACGGUUCUGCCGCCUCGCUAAACGCUCGUGUUAAAUUCGAGCUCUGAGCGCUGCGGCGUUUUACAGCGUUAUUACAGGUCAUGUGACCGAAGCAUCUUUAAAACAACACCCAGCGCACAUGGGUGAGCUGUUCUCCACCCGUGCGCGCUCUUCUCCACCCGUGCGCGCUCUUCUCCACCCGUGCGCGCUCUUCUCCACCCGUGCGCUCUGCUCUUGUUUCCUCUGCUCAGGUCAAAGUGUGAAGUUUCACAUGUGUCAGAAAUAAAAGCUUUUCUUCGA